CAUCUUCUUAUUUAAUGCAUUGUAGUUUAUGGAUCAGAAUAGAAUUAAAAUAAGAACCAUUUUAAGUUAACUAAAAUGAAUAUAUCAACUCGCAUGUUAUCCUCUAGUUGGAUGAAAAGAAGUAGUUUCAAAAGAAUUGUCACAUUUUCAACCAAGCCGCAGGGGAAAGAAUUUCAAGCAACCCAACAGAAACAGAUUCAGCAAAGCGCCCCUGGCGGAGCAGAGGGACGCAAGUCAGUGAUACCAUCAAAUUAUCGUUUCAUUUACCCAGAAUUUCUUCCCGAUCCUAAAGUGGAAUGGCGUAAUCCAGUGCGUGAGAAGCUAGAACGCAUGGACAUGCUGGACCGGCGAACAAAAAUCGACAUCCCAGAAUUUUAUGUUGGCUCAAUAUUAGCGGUGACGAGCUCCGAUCCGCAUGCAGCUGGAAAAGUCAGUCGCUUCGUCGGCAUUUGUAUACACCGGGAUCGCUGCGGACUACGUAACCGCUUUAUAUUGCGCAAUGUUAUCGAUCACCAAGGUGUUGAGGUUCGGUACGAGUUAUACGACCCGACUAUACAUAAAAUUGAGGUACUACGACUGGAAAAACGUUUAGACGAUCAUUUGUUAUAUUUACGAGAUGCUUUGCCAGAAUAUAGCACCGUUGAUUUGAAUAUGGAACCUGAGUUCCUGGAUGAGAGCGCCGAAGUGCCUGUGAACGAUAUUAAAGUAGUUUUACGCCCCCGCCCAUGGUUAGAACGGUGGGAACGUCAGAAUCUGCAAGGUGUAGCUAAUGUCGAUCAAUAUAUAACUAACAAGCAACGCCGUCAGGCACAAAAACAUGAAAAACCAUGGGAGAAAUACGAUAUAAUGAAACAAUAUCGUGCUACGAUACCGGAAGAAGAACAAAAAGAAAUUUUCGCGGAAGUCCAUUCACAACUGCAUCAUUUGGAAUUACAGCGUAAACGCAACAAGCGUAAACGUUCAUUCGUUAAGCCGACAAAAUUAGCAUAAGAUCAUUCAAAUUUGGUGAAAAAAUUGAAUAAGCUUUGUAAAUUGUUCAGUUACAGUGCGUAAAAUUAAUAAAGAUGUUUAAUUUGCGAUUUGA